AACGAAGUUAGAAGUUUGAGGGUGGUUUGAGGUUAGAACAAUAAAUCAAAACAAAAUAAAAUCAUCAGUUCUCUUUUACUAAAAGAGGAAGUUUUUGUCUUACACAUAAGGUUGUCUAAUAUGUUGCUUCAAUUUUAAAGUUUUUAUGUGCUUUUGGGUGCAUUUCGCCAAUGGAUCGUUGUUCUGGACAAACCUACCCCUUAAAUUGCAGGACUAGCAAUCCUUGCAAGUAUUUCCUACAAAGAUUAUAAAGUAUGUCCAGAGAGUGCGAAAAAAAGCCAUAAGUAUGGUAAACUUUGGCAAUGAAAAUGGCAAAGAUUUUUGCAACUGGCUUGCCAGUGUUAAAUUAUCUCGAAUUGUUAUUAUGGUAUUAGUAUUCUUGAUACUCACUCCACUCAUAACUCACUUUUAUUUAUCAAAAGUUGAGCGACAUGCAUACCAAAUAGAACAUGGAGCUCAUUCACAUCAGGACCUACCAGAAGACUUAACAUACAUGACUGAGUUGGACUUACGAGUUGGUGUUCAGGAAUUACUUAGAAUAAGAGGUUCUGUGCUCAGUGAACUGCGAGACAUAGAGAAGAAAAGGCAACAGUUUAAACAAGAAAUACAGUCAUAUCAAAAGAACAUUGAAGAACUGAAACAAGAACUCUCACAUCAACAGACACAGCUGAAUCAAUUGAAAAUUUCUGUAGAGCAAGCACAAGUAGCUCAGAAGGAGGCAUUGCAACAAAAUUCACCUGAUCUGGCAUUACCAAAAAGGCUGACUGCUGAUACUUUACCUCAAGAGUUGCCACCUCUGUCACGAAACUCAUCAAGGAGAUGCAAAAUGUACAAUUGCUUUGAUCAUUCAAGAUGCUCCCUUACAUCAGGAUUUCCUGUCUAUUUGUAUGACCCAGAUCAAUACUCUGUGAUGAAUGAUGGUUGGGAUAUUGACGGAUUCUUAAAAACUACUUUGAAGCAGACAUUAGGCUAUAAUCCACACUUGACAAAUGACCCUAAAGAAGCCUGCAUUUACCUAGUUCUUGUAGGAGAAGCUUUAAAAGACACAGAUGAUGUUAGUGAAAAUGUAGGAAAUCAUCUCAACUUGCCUGCUUUAGACGCUGAUGCUUUGAAACACCUACCUUACUGGGGUGGGGAUGGAAAAAAUCAUGUACUAUUGAACCUAGCAAGAAGAGAUUUGAGUGCUACAUCUGGGGACAUCUUUUCUACAAUAGAUACAGGAAGAGCUAUUUUGGUACAGUCAACAUUUACACAGGACCAGUUUAGGGACAAUUUUGACUUAAUUGUAUCUCCAGUUCUGGGGCCACCUGGAGGGGAUGUCUGGCAAGAAUGUGCUAGUAUGCUACCUGCAAGGAGAAAGUAUUUACUAACUUUUCAAGGAGAAAUGAAAGCAAAAAAUAGUAUGUAUUACAUGUACUUACUAAUCUUAAACAACCUAUAUGGUGCCUACAAUACUUCCAUAUUUACCUUAGCUUUAACUGCUAUAUAGACACUACACAGGAAAGCAUCCUUGUUUAUAUAAACCUGUUACAUUAGCAUGUAUGAUCAACAGCAACUAAUCUAAUUUAUAACUCCCAAAUAAACAUAGUUAUUUUUUCAUAGGUAUGUUAUCAAAUCAAAGUAUCAGUAGCAACCUAGACAAGUUUGUUAUUGAGUAUUUGGGGCAGCUAUCAAACUCGCAGACUCAGGAUAAAUUUCUAUUUGAGUUUGAAUGCAAUCCUGCAAGUGAUACUAGCAAUAAUAUAGGGCCUCAGGAUUGGGCAUUAUGCGGUACAGAUAGUAGCAGAAAAAGUAUCCUGAAGGAGUCUACUUAUGUAUUGAUUUUUGCUCCAACACAGGCUGAUUUGAUCUCCACAACACUGCUGCAGGCAAGGGUUUAUGAAGCACUAAGAUCAGGUGCCAUCCCAGUUAUUUUAGGAGGGGAUCAGAUCAAGCUAGCAUAUAAUGAAGUGAUCCAGUGGAAAAGGGUUGUUGUUUUUCUUCCAAGAACCAGGAUAACAGAACUUCAUUUUCUCCUAAGGGCUAUUCCUGACGAAGAUGUGCUUAUGUUUCGUAGACAGGGACGUCUUCUUUGGGAGAGAUACUUAGCAUCUGUCCAAAGCACUUUGGAUACUGUUGUAGCUGUUCUGAGAGACAGGUUGAAUAUACCUCCAGCACCUGCUGAGUCCAUGCCGGCUAUAAGUGCUUUUAACCAAACAUUCCAACCAAACCAGGUUGCUAUAACAGCUGACAUUGAACAAGAGGAAAGUCUUGGUCCAUUAGAGCCGCCAUAUGCUAGCCCAGCUUACAGACGAAAUUAUAGCUUGUUCCUGGUACAAGGCCAUGAAAUGUGGAAUGAUUGGGGGGAUCCACUGAGACUUUAUCCUACUCUACCAAUGGAUCCAGUUUUACCUUCUGAUGCAAAAUUCAUAGGAUCUGGAAGAGGUUUUAGGCCUAUUGGACAGGGUCGAGGGGGUGCUGGGAAAGAAUUCUCCGAAGCAUUAGGUGGGAAUGUCCCGAGAGAACAGUUCACUGUGUUGCUGUUAACUUAUGAGCGUGAACAAGUGUUAUUAGAUUCGAUUGCGCGUCUGAGGGGUUUGCCGUAUUUGAAUUCUGUUGUAGUCGUCUGGAAUUCUCCACGUCCUCCAAAUGCCGAACUCAGGUGGCCCGACAUUGGAGUACCUGUACACAUUGUUAAGGCAGCUAGAAACUCUCUAAAUAAUCGAUUCUUUCCUCUCGAUAAUCUCCAAACGGAGGCUAUACUAUCCGUGGACGAUGAUGCUCACUUGAGACAUGAUGAAAUUUUGUUCGGAUUUCGUGUUUGGCGAGAGCAUAGAGACCGAAUUGUUGGAUUCCCGGGACGGUAUCAUGCUUGGGACGUGAAUACGAAAAACAGUUGGCUGUAUAAUUCUAACUAUAGUUGCGAAUUGAGUAUGGUUUUAACUGGGGCAGCUUUUUUGCAUCGACACUACCUUUUCUUGUACUGGAAGUGGUUACCACAAGCUAUCCGCGACAAGGUUGAUGAAUAUAUGAAUUGUGAAGACAUUGCUAUGAACUUUCUAGUCAGUCACGUAACUCGCAAACCACCCGUAAAAGUGACAUCACGAUGGACUUUCCGCUGUCCUGGGUGUCCGCAAAGUUUGUCUGAGGACGAUACACAUUUUCAAGAGAGACACAAGUGCAUUAAUUUCUUUUCGCAGGUUUUCGGCUAUACACCACUGUUGAAUACUCAAUACAGGGCAGAUUCGAUACUUUUUAAAACAAGAAUAUCCCGUGAUAAACAAAAAUGUUUCAAGUUUAUAUGAAUGUGCACUACUGAAGCUUGUAGGAUCGAUCGCAAACUGUAUGUGCGUAGUGUGUAUAUAUGUAUAUAGUAUAUUUAUGGUUAAAUUUUGUGAUAAAACAUAUUAUAGUGAGUAAAAGCAUUCAUGUUUACAGUUUAGUGCCAUAAACAUAUUAAGUUUUUGGAGCCAAUCAUAGCUACCCACAUCAUUAUUUUAUAUUGUAACACAACUAAUCUACCUAUAUUGUAUAUAUAGUAAUUAUAAUCAUCACGAUAGUGUCCAUAUAUUUAUUUGUACAUAAUGAUCUUUUUACUUAUAUGUGAUUUUAAUUGUUAGGUGUCCAACUAUUCUUCGCCAUAUACUGUGACUGUUAUACUUUGAAUUAGUAUGAUGUUUAUCAAUAAUAAAAGACAUUCUUACA